AUGGCGGCCUUCAAGGCAAAGGGCACCUAUAAGACCAUUGACGGCAUCAAGACCUGUUCGUCCCUCUGUAGCCACAGCCCUCUUAAUGAAGACACACCUGGAAUCUUGGCCUGUCGGCUGAGGAGCUCGAGGCCGCUGCCUCAGAUGCGAAAGCGAAGAAAAGCGCUUACAACAAAGCUUACAACAAGAUUCAUAGCAUGGAACGGUAUCAGCGCAUCCGGGCUGAGCGCAUUAAGAGCAACACUGCGCAACACUGAAUAUAAGAAGGACAAUGCCGACAGGAUUAGGCGAGUCCGAUAG